ACCGCCACCGCCACCACUACUACAACUACCACUGCCAUCACUACCACCACCGCACACAGUUUAAUCUCGCCAUUUUGGAGAUUUCACAAAGUGAGUGUUCAAAACAGUGAGUAGUACCAUCCACUUUUCCAGGGGAUGCAGGUUAAUUGCUACUCAUCCAAGAGUGUUAUAAGUAUUUCCCCCUUUAGGGGAAAUUCAGCCAGGAAGACUUAUGUUGUCAUGGAGCUCACCUUGGAUCACCACUGAUCUCUAAAUGCUUUGCCAAGCGACCUACGGCCAGGGUGAUGGACUGACAGAGGAUAGUAAGCUGGCGCACGUUUGGGUCGAGGACCAGCAGUCCUCAACUACCACCAAGCAGGAUAGACGAGAGUCGAAGCUGGAAGUCGAGGCGGGCAACAACGAGGGCGGCGGCGGGGGCGUGGGCGGCGGACAUAGGAAGGCCCUUGGCCGUCCCCGCGACAGUCAGAUUAUGCCGGUAGUGCCGAGGCCGGGCAGCCUUAAGGAUCCGGAUAUCGCCGAGCUCUUCGAGAAGAACGAUCCGGAGAAGAUAUUCGAAGACCUGAGGGAGAUCGGCCAUGGCAGCUUUGGCGCGGUUUACUACGCCAGGUGCUUGCUCACCAAGGAGAUCGUCGCCAUUAAGAAAAUGUCCUAUCUGGGCAAGCAGACGAUGGAAAAAUGGCAGGAUAUACUCAAGGAAAUACGUUUCCUCAGACAGCUUAAACAUCCCAAUACCAUCGAAUAUAAAGGCUGCUAUCUCAGGGACCAUACUGCCUGGCUGGUGAUGGAGUACUGCCUCGGCUCGGCGUCGGACAUCAUCGAGGUGCACAAGAGGCCGCUAAAGGAAGACGAGAUUUCGGCCAUCUGCGAAGGCGUGCUAAGGGGCCUACACUACCUGCACUCGUUGGGCAGGAUCCAUCGAGACGUAAAGGCUGGCAACAUCUUGCUCACGGAAAACGGCACCGUGAAACUCGCCGAUUUUGGCUCGGCGAGCGUCAAAUGUCCGGCUAAUAGCUUCGUCGGCACGCCUUACUGGAUGGCUCCCGAGGUUAUACUCGCCAUGGACGAGGGCCAGUAUGACGGCAAGGUCGACGUCUGGUCCUUGGGGAUCACGUGCAUCGAAUUAGCGGAACGGAAACCGCCUUAUUUCAACAUGAACGCAAUGAGUGCUCUCUAUCAUAUUGCCCAAAACGAAAGACCGACGUUGAACUCGGCCGAGUGGACGGACGUAUUCCGUCACUUCGUCGAAGUCUGCCUUACUAAAAGUCCUAGCGAAAGGCCAACUUCCGGGAAAUUGUUAUCGCAUCAAUUCGUCACAAGAACUCGAUCAUCUCAAGUUUUAAUAGAUCUUAUAGGUAGAACGAAAGCUGCUGUUCGAGAAUUGGAUAAUUUGAAUUAUCGAAAAAUGAAGAAAAUUCUAAUGAUUGACACUUGCGAAACCGAGAGUCAAGUCGGCGAUGCCGAUGACACUCCUGACGAACAAACAGGUGGCGACAGCAGCAAAAGUAACAGCAUCACCUCGGAGCACUCUAUCCAUUCUAUGGGGGUCUCGGCGAGCUCGCAAAGCUCCUCUACUAAUAGCCUUCCACUGCCCAACACCGAUGCCAACGACUACACAGGCUCUGUUAGAAAUCGUCACAAGAUGUCAGCUGGCGUUACGGCGAAUUUACUCGAACACGGAGCUAAUAAUUUCGCGACCAUCAGGACAACGUCGAUUGUGACGAAGCAGCAGAAGGAGCACAUGCAAGAGGAGAUGCACGAACAGAUGAGCGGCUAUAAGAGGAUGAGGCGAGAGCAUCAUGGUGCACUGGUCAAGUUAGAGGAACGAUGCAAAAUGGAAGUUGAGUCUCACAAACAGUUGCUUGAGAAGGAAUAUGAAAGUCUCAUGCAACAAUUUAGCAAAGAAUUAGAAAAAUUGCAAGCCAGGCAUCAUCAGGAGCUCGAUCGAAAAUUAAAGCAAAAUCAAAACGCAGAGAAGAAACUUCAUAAGGAAAUAACGAGCAGGCACGAAGCCGAUCGCAAAGCACUCGAAGCCCAACAGAAGCGCGAAUACAAGGCGUAUAAGGAACGGUGGAAGAAGGAACUUUCACAAGACGAGGUUACGCCAAAGCGACAACGAGACGCUACUCUUCAAAGUCAAAAGGAUAGUUUGAAACAAAUGGAGGCGCAAGAGGAGCAGCGACUCGCACGCGGACAGCGGGAAUACCUCGAUCUUGAAAUACGAAAGUUCCGUAGAAAAAAGUUACUCACUUUCCAUAGCCUUGAGCAGGAACUUCUUCGCGAAGAAUUGAAUAAGAGGCAACAACAAUUGGAACAAGCUCAUGCUAUGCUCUUGCGUCAUCAUGAGAAAACGCAGGAAUUGGAAUACAGACAACAGAGAGCAGUUCAUGCCCUUCGUGAGGAACAAAUCCAUCGGCAGCACUCAACCGAACUUAGCAAUCAGCGAGAUUAUAUGCAACGGGCCGAGCGUGAUUUGCGAAAGAAGCAUGCACUUGAGCUAAAACAACAACCCAAAAGUCUGAAGCAAAAAGAAAUGCAAAUCAGAAAACAGUUUAGGGAAACGUGUAAAAUUCAAACGCGCCAGUAUAAAGCACUUAAGGCUCAGAUAUUGCAAAUGACACCGAAGGAUGAACAAAAGGCUGUAAUUAAGAAAUUAAAAGAGGAACAAAGGCGGAAACUCGCACUUCUGGGCGAUCAGUAUGAGCAAAGUAUCGCUGAAAUGCUUCAGAAACAAAGUAUUCGCUUGGACGAAUCACAAGAAAUUGAGUGCCAGAUUCUUAAGCAAAGAUUAAAUCAUGAACUGGAGAUUCUUAUGGCGUAUCAAUCGAAGAACAAGAUGCAGGCGGAGGCUCAGAGAGAUCGUGAACGACGCGAGCUGGAGGAUCGGGUCUCGGUGAGACGGGCACUUCUCGAAAAGAAGCUCGAAGACGAGACGCAGAAGAUAUUACACGAACGUAGUGAGCGAAUACGACUGCUAUACGAAAAGCAGGAGCGCGAGCUACAGCAAUUCGACGAGGAAAGUGUGAGAAUUGGCUUCAGUGCACUGGCAAUAGCCGAAGCUUCGAAAGAGUCUUACCCGGACGACGAGAGCCUCAGCGGUUCAAUGUUAAGCCUGGCUCAUAAGUUGCAAUAAUGAAGCAGAAUGACAAAUGAACCCCAUCUGAUUUUUUCGGCCGGAAAAUCCACUCCACUUCCUGGCAUCACUAGCUGGGUCUCAUGGGAUUACGUCGCUUAUUCAUCUUCCGGAAACCUGUCGAGGUGCUCGAUAAACUCACCACUGAAUACCCGUUAUGCUACAGUAGUUAAGCCGCUUCAUUCAUAUAUUAAUUGCGUUGUAUUUUACGUUUAACUUCAAAUUGACAAUUGCUUGUUAGAUAAUUUUUUUCUCAAAUAUUUUCCUAUUCACACUUGGAGAGCAUAUUUUUCAAUAAUAAAUGUAUACUGCAUGUAGCGUACCAUUAACCAUAGAGUGAAGCUUGGUGCUUUAUCCCGUUAAUCAUUAUAUAUACAAUUUUAAACUGAUAUUCAGCUGCGAACGCAUUUAAAUGUCCGUUGUAAUUAAAUUAGUAAUCUUGUCUUAUUAGUUUAUUAGAUCAGCGCUCGUCGUAAAAUAUGUCCUUCGUUCAAAACACUAAAGAGCUUGAAAUGAAAAAAAA